AUGUUGCAGAACCGGCGCACAGCCGGCAACCCGGAUGCCCGAUGCAUUUUGUUUGCCGUACGUGCACAAAUCAACAAUGACGAUUACGGCUGCCGCGACCACCAUUACCGAGAUCUCGUUUAUAAGGGAAAUGGCAAACCUGACCUCGAUGACCCUAAGUUCUGGGAGGACCAACUUCGUUUUUUCCAGAAAUACAAGCCUGUCGUCAGGAUAAAAGAAGCUAAGGGACGCGUCCGUGACGCACUGACUGGCAUUACAAAAUUGGGGGGCGAAGGUUUGCAAGUUUUAGAAAAUGAGGAGAUUUAUCUCGGUGAGGGUCAAGCCCUCUUUUAUCGAUUUAAAAAUGGAGGUCCUAUUCCCAACCUUAAAAGCCCAUUUUUUUGGGAAGCCAAAACCAAACAUUUAACAUGGCUUUGGAGCACUCUUGAGCGGGAAAAGCAUUAA